AUGUACAAGCCUGUUCCAGCCAGGCCCAAGAAAACAGACAUUGUCCGAUCGCGCACCGGCUGCCAAGGCUGUCGCGAACGCAAAACCAAGUGUGAUGAGCAAAAGCCGACAUGUGGGACAUGCGCCAGGCUGGGGAAAGUCUGUCGGGAUCGGGAUCGAGAGUUCCGAUUCCGUGUGACGACUGGACGUGCAGAGGCCACGGACCGGUCCUCCACGAGUCAAGCGUUCGAGUUGACAGGCUCCGAUGGUAGUGCGUUUGCAGAUCUUGAUCUGAUCAGGUCCCUUCAGCACACUGAGAGAGACAUUUUCUACUCCACGUACUGGGAAGGUCAAUGUCUCCCAGCCCUUCACCCGAUCUUUCAUUCCACGUCUCGCCACAUCACCAACAAUGUGAUGCUAAGGGAUGCCAUACUGGCCUUAUCAUCCUGUAAUCUAAGCCGUCUGCAUGCGGAACAGAGAACUCAGUCAACUACUUCCAUGGGCCUCUUUAGUCCCAGCCUCAUCCAUCAGACUAGAAGCCAACUCUACUACUCUUCGGCUAUCAGGCGAUUCGCAUCCUUGAACCAGCUCGAGUAUCAAGCCAACCCUACCCUCUCACUGACGGUUCUGGUUCUAUUCGCAUACAUCGAAUCUUCCAUGGGAAACUUUCAUGGCUUCUCAUGCCAUGUACAGGGCCUGUCGAAACUGUUCAUCAAUAUUCAUGACGCAGUUCUCAGCUCCACUUUCACACCCUUACUAUCCGCGUGGAUGCAAGUACGCUUCGUGGUCUGGUGGGCUCGGGCCUACUUCAGCUCCAUUGAAGUGCAUCAGCAACUCCCUUCCAUCACCUUACCCCCAUCGCUGAACGCACCCUGUACCUCGCUCCACGAGCGACGAGUCACUAUCCUCAGUAUCAUGUGCGAAGCCCAUCGAAUCAGCUUCCAAGCGGCACUCAAGCACUGGUCCAGCGAUGCCACAUGUCCUGACCCCAAUCCCACAGAGACCCCCAACCCUCAAGUCCUCCUCGCCGAGCAAUCCCACCGUCUCGACGAAUGGCUCUCCCACCUCCCUCCCUCCGAACAACCCAUCCCUCCCACCCAAAGUACCCCUUCUCCCGCCCACCAAACCAACGAGCCCAUCAUCUUUCCCUCCCACGACGCAGCCCUUAACUUCGCUUACUCCCUCGUCGCCCGCAUCAUGACCUCCCCCUCCUUCCUCGCCACCCUCCCCUCCACCAACCCCAAGGACCUGGGCCACGAAUGCUCCGCCUCAACACCCUUCCUCACCCUCCUCCUCCGCAUUCUAAGCGGAAUAAACCUCCACACCUCCCUCGUCCAAAACACCUACACAAUCGGCUUCUCCAGCCUCCUCCUCGCAUCUCUCCUCCGAUGCCAGGAUCCCUCACUCAGUCUCGAAAUCCAGUCCUGGUUACAGAAACUCAACGAUGUGCAUCCGACAGAAGAGGGCGCGUUUCCCGUCUAUCAGGCGCUGAGGGUCGCGAGGGCUGUGCAUCGUCAGAGAACAGAGCAUGGGUUUGAUGUGUUUGCGAUUAGUUUGCCCGUUGAUGAUGGUGGUGGAUGGCCGAAGUUCAGCGCGUAUAAUAGUCAGAGGAUUGAGGGGUUGGUGUUGCAUGGGAAAUGGAGGGGGAGUGGGAGGCUGGGGGAGGUGAGGGUUUGGGUUUGA